AUGUUAGAACUGAUAAGAGGUCGUGGCCGCAGCGUGUACGCUUCUCGCAACGCCGUUAAUUACUUAAAUAAAGUAAUUCGUUUCGUGGGUAUUACCCAACCGCGGCAAUGUCGUUUCUUGUACUUCUUGUAUGCCGGCCUUAUAGCAUGUUUUAUUUUGCUUUCACCGGUCAUCUUUAACGUUGGUUGGAUACGUGAUAGGAAUAUUCUGUCGAUAAGGGAGAUCUUAAAUUGCGUACAAGCAUCGGUGAAUGUGCUCGGUGUACCAAUUAAAAGUGUCACAAUAUUAUUAUCCGUGAAUCGAUUGCGCAGCGUUAAACCGUUAUUGGUGGCUUUGGAUGCGCGCUACAGCGCAGCGGAGGAUAUCGCCAAGAUACGGCGUUGCGUUAUAAUUGGCAAUCGUAUUGUAUUCGGUUACCUUUUCUCAUAUAUGACUUAUGAAUCUUUGACUGUACUAGCAGCAUUGGUGGGCGGCUAUGCGCCACUUACACUGUAUAUACCUUAUGUGGAUUGGCAUAGAUCGAGAUGGGAAUACUGGCUACAAGUUAGCUUUGAUACCAUUGCACUUUUCUACAUACUUCUGCAUCAAGUAAUAAAUGAUUCUUAUUCGGCUGUCUAUAUUUAUAUAAUACGUACGCAAGUGCAGUUGCUCACGAAUCGUGUGCAACGAUUGGGAACCGCAGCGAAUGAGAGUCCCGAUGAGACUUAUAAUGAGCUGCAGGAGUGUAUUAUCACACAUCAGGAGAUUUUAAGCUUAAUGCGCAUUGUGGAACCGGUAAUAUCUGCUACGUUGUUUGUGCAGUUCCUUAUCGCUGCAGCUAUUAUGAGCACGACCUUGAUAAAUAUAUUAAUUUUCGCCGAUACCACGUCCAGGAUUGCCGCGCUCGCCUAUAUGUACUGUGUUCUGUUGCAGACUGCACCGACUUGCUACUACGCCACUUACUUGCAAUCCGACUGCGAGCAGCUUUCCAUGUCUAUUUUCCACAGCAAUUGGAUGGCACAGGGCAAACGUUUCAAUAAAUUGCUAUUAUAUUUCUUACAUCGCACACAAGACAAUAUGCCGCUUAUGGCAUUAAAAUUUGUUCCUAUUGAUUUGGCCACAAAUGUGUCGAUCGCUAAGUUCUCAUUCAGCCUUUACACGUUCAUUAGAAAAAUGGGAGUAGGUAAGCAUUUGAACGAAUGA